AUGACACAUUCCGACAGUAGCGACUCAACAGCUGGCGAUCUGAUCUUCACUCCCUCUGUGACUGAGUCGCCCUUCGAUCCUCCUCAACGAGGUCCUAGACCAUCUCCAGGGCCCCCCAGUCCUUUACGUCUAUCCUCACUCCCCUCCACCAUCAAGGAAGAGUUCCGACCUAAUAGACAAGAAGAUCGCAUCCAUUUCGAUCUGAAUGCACCCACUCGAGACACCCACUCAGACGACGAAGACGACGACGACGAGAACAUGUCAGGGCGACCCUCAAUGCAUCGGCCUGCACCUGGCAAUCAUGCCUCGGAGCCAUUGUUAGGAGAAGACAAGAGAUCCUUCAGUCGAGGAAGACCCGAAAGUCCCAGUGUCCUGGGAUCUAGUCGGCCAGCCUUCGCCGCACGAAGAAGCACAUUCCGAUCAAGAUCACCGACAUAUGCACAACCUCCGGAUCUUGUACGGCGCAAAUAUAUCUACGCCUCCUUCUUCCUCAUCCUCUCCCUCGUAUCCUUCGUCGUCCAGACCGAGACCGCUGUUUACAUCCAACACGAGUUGAAAUGGAACAAGGCAUACUGCAUGAUGUAUCUGACCCAUGGAUCCUGGGUGUUCCUGUGGCCCUUCCAACUCCUGAUCAUCCGGCUCCAAAAACGUCAAUUAUCAUGGGAAGCCUUUUGGCGCCGACACAAGUACAUCCUCAAAUCCACCGCGCAAAUGGUUGUUUCGCAAGAUUUAUACCCCUCUCCAACCACCACCGCCCGCUCGCCGUGGCCAUAUAUGAUCAAAACCACUGCCUUCAUAACCACCUUCCUUACCAUGGCCGGCGGCUCUUGGUACGUCGCAGUCAACCUAACGUCCCCCUCCGACCUUACCGCAAUCUACAACUGCUCCGCAUUCUUCGCGUACGUCUUCUCCAUCAUGCUGCUGAACGAUAAACUACGCUUCGACAAAGCCAUCUCCGUAGCCCUCGCCAUCAUCGGCGUGCUAGUCGUCGCCUACGGUGACAAAGACGACUCAACUCCCGGACCCUCCCCAUCGAACCCGGGAGCCGAACAACCCUUCAACACCAAGCUGGUCGGCAACCUCGUCAUCGGCAUCGGCUCCGUCGCCUACGGUUUCUACGAAGUCCUGUACAAGCGCUUCGCCUGCCCGCCCGAAGGCUGUUCGCCCGGCCGCGGCAUGAUCUUCGCCAACACAUUCGGGAGCAUGAUCGGGCUGUUCACGCUCACCGUGCUCUGGAUCCCCCUCCCGAUCCUCCACAUCACGGGCCUCGAAGUCUUCGAACUCCCCUCACGGAAAGCCGCCGGCCUGCUCGCCAUCUCGACACUCUCCAAUGCCGUCUUCUCCGGCUCCUUCCUCGUGCUCAUGUCGCUGACGAGCCCCGUCCUCAGCUCCGUUGCCGCCCUGCUAACGAUCUUCCUCGUCGGCAUUACCGACUGGCUUAUCACAGGGAAACCAAUCAGCUUUCCCGCGAUGGUCGGCUGUGCGCUUAUCGUCGUGGCGUUCCUCAUGCUCAGCUACGCAACGUAUCGCGAGAUGAAGGAGGAGCAGUUGAAGCGCGAGGGCGAGGAGGACAAAGUGUUUGACGACGAUGAUGAUGACGAUAUGAACGCGGAAGACGACGAUGCAGAUGUCGAGACGGCACCGCUCGCCGCUGAUGGCCAUGUGCGCCCAGGUGGCAGUCGGAGUGCGCUACGCCGGAACGACCACGAUGACGAGGAGGUGGAUGAGCUGGGCCGCACAAGGCGCGGGCGCCGCCAGAGCUAG